AUGUACAAGCAUGUGCUACGUAAUAACAUAUUCAGGCAAAAUGGGCGUGAUAUACGGCAAGUUAUAUCAAUAUUACUGGUAUUAUAUCUUAUUCUCCGAGCUAAAGAUACCUUGGCUUGUUCAGAUUUAAUGACAAACGAUAAAUGCUCAUGCUACACAUUCGAAGAUGCUGUUUUUCUCGACUGCCAAGAUUCAAAUACAAAGCAAAUAAAAAAUGCGCUGAAGAAAGUUUCUGCCGUACAUUCCUUAUCCAUAAAUGAUCUUGAUGACACUGAAGAAAUUUUGGGACCACAUUUUGUGCCGUUAGGUGUAUGCAUAAAACAUAUACAUAUGUCAAGAACUGGCAUAAGAGACAUAGAUGAUGAAACAUUUAUGCCACUAAGACAGUGCCUUGAAACGUUAAGUAUUGUGUCAAGUAAAAUUAAAUUUAUACCACAGAAGGCAUUUUCUGGAUUGCUCAAAUUGAUUUCAAUCGAACUCACUUCAAAUCACAUUGAGGAUAUCCCAAGUUAUAGUUUCUACGGUCUUCCAUUAAUGAAAAUAAACAUAAAGCAGAAUAUGAUUCGACAUGUCUCUGAUUCUGCGUUUUCUAGUUUAGAAUUAACCUUGUCUGAGAUUGAUUUAAGUGAAAACAAUCUUACAACUUUCCCUAUUUCAUCUAUUGCCAAAUUAAAGCACCUUCGGUCUUUAAGGUUAUCUUGGAACGAAAUGUCAUCUUUCCCAACCGUCGAUGAUUUCGAUUUACCGUCUCUUGAAUUUUUAGAUUUAAGUUCUAACAAUUUUGAAUUCGUUUCAGAAGACUGCCUUAAAUUUUGUCCGUCCCUGUUAAUAUUAUCAUUUCAUUUUAAUUUCAUAAGUAAUAUACAUUAUCGUGCAUUUCAAUCUUUAGUUCAUCUCAAAUCUUUAGAUUUGAGCCACAACAGAAUCAAAGUAUUAAAUACUAAUUUAUUUUUAAAUAAUAAGAAAUUGGAAUUUAUCGAUUUGAGUCAUAAUCAUCUGCACCACAUACACGGCCUGUUUUGUAACAUGCCAAUAUUAGCUGAAGUAUUUUUAGGUAACAACAAUAUUUUGGAAGUGCCAAUUGAUUCCUUUUUUAAUUCGACUAAAAUAAAUACGAUACAUUUAAAUAAAAAUUGUAUACAUACGAUUCAUAGCAAAAGCUUUAGUGAUUUAGAAGAAUUAGCAACGUUACGUUUAGACUUUAACUACGUAACUCAAGUGCCACACGAUACCUUUAUUAAUAACACUGAAGAGAUUUAUUUGAAUAACAAUAAAAUCACAAGCAUUGAUUCUGAAACAUUUUCAAAAAUGUCACACUUGAAACAUUUAAGUUUACAUGACAAUUACUUAGUUGAGAUUAAUGACAUAUUACCGAAGCCAAGUUCUUCAUUGUUAACAUUUCACAUCGACUCUAACUUAUUAUCCUCAUUAAAAAGUUUAACAUUUCGUUAUCAGGAGAAGCUUUAUCAUCUCAGUUUAACGAAUAAUCACAUCAGAUUUUUAUCAAAAAGUAUAUUCGCCAAUUUAACCUAUUUAACUAGAAUUGAACUUUUCAAUAACGAGAUAUCUAUAAUUGAUGAUUUUACAUUUCAACAACUCCGUUCUACAAGAAAUUUAGAUUUACACAACAAUUUACUACGCAACGUCACAAAUUAUACAUUCGUAGGUCUGUUUGAAUUAGAGGAUUUAAAUUUAUCACAUAACAAAAUAACUUUCAUCUAUACCAUGGCAUUCGAUACUUUAAAGAAAAUACGAACUUUAAAUUUAUCAUUUAAUCCACUUAAAGUACUUUAUAAAAAUCUGUUCCAACAAGGGUUGCCAUUGAGUUCAUUAUAUUUAGAUAAUUGUGAGAUACAACAAAUAGAAAAUGGCACUUUCGAAGGAAUGAACAAUCUUAAAUAUCUAUCUCUCAAAAAUAAUUCAUUAAAAUCCAGCGAAUUGAUUUUUAUUGACAUACCCGGAUUAAAAUUUUUGUCACUCUCAUACAAUAUAUUUGACAAUUUACCAGUUGAAUCGUUUUCUCAACUCCCCCUUUUAGAAGUUUUAUUUUUAGAACAUUGCAAUAUUGAACAUAUUUUUGAGGGCACUUUUUCUUCCAACAAACAUCUCGUGCGUUUAAAUGUAGCACAAAACAUUAUCAGCGGAAUACCACCUACAUUAUUUGAAUCAUACAAUUCUGUAUCCGAGGUAAAUAUUAGCAAUAACUUUUUAGAUUAUGUUCCUUACAAUACUUUAGAUAAUCUAACGCAAAUAGAAAUUUUAGAUAUCGCAGAUAACUUAAAAAAUGAAAUUCAAUCGAUUACUAUGAAGAAGAACGUCAUUUUCAAAGAACUGUUAGAAAUGGAUGUUAGUUUUAACAAACUAACGGCAGUACCAUCUAUGCUGUUUGAAAAUUUUCCUAAAAUUCAGAACAUCAAUAUUUCGUACAAUGAUAUUGUGCGAUUUGAUUUUCUAUUGUCACACAAGAUCAAUGGAGUUUCAUUAAUAAGUAUGGAUUUAAGUAAAAAUCCCGCAGUUUCAUGGCCUUUAGUCAACAGUAGAGAUAAUAACAAUACACUUUUAUCCAAUUUGUAUGAAUUACACAUUUGUUAUACAAACUUAUCUAACUUAGAUGACGUCACAUUUGAUUCCUUUCUUAGUUUGCAACAUUUAUAUCUAAGGUUUAAUAAAAUAAGGCGCCUUUCUAUAAGUCCCUUUUCAAAAUUGAGUUUCCUAGAAAAUUUAGAUCUCAGCUAUAACAAAAUAACGCAUGUAAAAACUAGCAACUUUCGUGGACUUGUUAAACUAAGUGCUUUAUGUUUAUCCAAUAAUUAUAUAGAAUCGAUAGAAACUUUUACUGAAGACCUUAGCAAUUUAAAACUUUUGGAUCUUUCUCAUAAUAGAUUACAAAACAUACUUAAUCAAGAUUUAGUUAAUUUAAAGGAACUAACCGUACUGUACCUAGGUUUUAAUAAUAUAAAGUAUAUAUCAGUAACAGCGUUUAACAAUUUAAAUAAAAUUAUACAUAUAGACUUAGAGCACAAUAAACUUCAAACAAUACCAAUUGAUCUAUUUACAAUAAUUGAAAGUCACAUUCAAGAAAUAUCUAUAAAAGAUAACAUAAUAAUGUGUAGCUGCCAAAGAAAUAAUACAUGGACAUGGAUACAAGAUCAUCCGAAAAUAAUAAACUCGAAUGCGGUGACAUGUCUUAACGACGAAUAUCCUAAGGAGAAAUGUGAUUUUCCGACCAUUACACAAUUGUCCAUUGACAAACAUAAAGACAAUUCCGUUUCUGUGUCGUGGUUUAUUCGAAAUCGCACUGCUGUUAAAUCUCUACAAAUUAUGUACUACGAUGAUGACGUCACGACAGACGUGACUUACAGAUAUUUGGACAAAUCUGAAACAUCUACACUUAUCUCUGAUUUGGUACCGAGUAAAAAUUACAUUGUAUGCAUAUUAACAUUGGAUUUAAAUCCCUUUUCUAAACUACUCGAUGAAGAAAUAUCAGAAGUGAAUAUUUCAUUAAGUGAUUUUAAAUUUGCAUCUAAUAUCAGUCGAAGUUACGCCGCUACGUUAAUUUCACAGUCUCCUUCUAGUGAAUGUGUCACAUUCGAUACAUUUACAAAACACUCUAUAAAAAUGAAACCAACUAAAACAUUCCAUUUAUCGUCAAUACUCAAUCGAAGAAUGGGUCUGAUUGUAGGCUGUGCUUUAGGAUUUGUAGUGUUUUUUAUUAUGGUAUCAGUUUUGUUGUACACGAAAAUCAAAGAAAGGAAACGAAUCGCUAAAUCUGACCCAGCAUGGUCGGAAAUGAACGAUUAUCAUUCGAUACAAAGUAAAGAGGAUGUUUUGCAAUCAACUACUGCUUCCACGGAUAAUAUAUUACUAGGCAUGGCAAAAAAUCGAAAAAUGUCUAUAGAACAAUUAAAAUAGACUCGUAGACACACAGCUAGUUCUUGUUAAGUAGGUCUUAAAGUUGGAGUUGUUUUUUAAGUUUCAAUUAAACUGUUAAAUAGUGUUGUAGUUAGCUUAAAGCUGUAAAUAAGUUAAUUUAG